GGAAGUUGAUAAAAGGCACUGGAAAGGAACACCCUGAAGACGGGUAACAGUCCACCUAAAAGUCAACUAAGCCUUCCACAGGACUCAAGAGCUGCUUCCUGGGCCACUGUCAAGAAAAAAAAAACUUUCUGGGGUGAGAUCACAGCCUAAAGGGCUCACCAUGGCCGGGCUGAAAACAGCCAGUGGGGAAUAUAUUGAUGACUCCUGGGAGCUCAGCGUUUUUGUGGAAGACCUGGGGCCCGAGGCGGCUCCAGUCACACUCCGGGUUACCGGCAAUAUGCAUAUUGGAGGCAUCAUGCUGCAGAUUGUGGAUAAGAUAGAAAUUAAAAAGGACUGGUCAGACCAUGCCCUCUGGUGGGAGCAGAAGAAACUUUGGCUGCUGAAGACAAACUGGAGCCUGGACAAAUACGGGAUUUUGGCCAGCGCCAAGCUCUGCUACACUCCGCAACACAAGCCAGUGCUCCUCUCUUUGCCGAACCGCUGCUACGUCCGAAUCCGGACCAACUUUGCCCAGCCUGUCUUCCGCACGGUUGUCGACAUCUGCAGGGUGCUUGGUAUUCGCCACCCUGAGGAGCUGUCGUUGCUGCGCGCCCCGGAGGAGAAGGACAAGCGGAAGCAGAAGGACAAAGAAAGAAGCUCCUUGGAAACCUAUGACCUGAGUGGGGUGCGGCUACCGGCAAGUGUGGAGCAACAGCAGUUCCGUGGGAUGCCUGCCCACUUCUCGGACAGCGCUGAGACCGAGGCCUGCUACCGGAUGCUGUCGGUCAGUCAGACUGGCCUGACCCCAGAGCAGAUCAUGCGAAUGCACCGGCCAGGAUCCCUCACCGAAAAGACACAUAUCAACAGCAGGUGGUUGGAUUCAUCACGGACUUUGCUGCAGCAGGACGUGAAACAGAAUGAGCGCUUAUGGCUCCGCUUCAAGUAUUACAGCUUCUUUGACCUGGAGCCAAAGUACGAUGCGGUGAGGAUCAACCAGUUGUACGAGCAGGCGCGCUGGGCAGUUCUGCUGGAGGAGACUGACUGCACCGAGGAAGAGAUGGUGGUGUUUGCGGCACUGCAGUAUCGCAUCAACCAGCUGUCCUUGAACACCAGCCCUGCAGAGCAGUCUGGAGACUCCGGACUUGAUGACUUGGACAAGGCCCUCGAGUCCCUGGAAGUCAAGCUGGAAGGUUCGUCCUCAGCAACUCCCAGCGUUCUGGAGAGUCUCACAGCUAUCCCAGAGCUGAAGGAUUACCUCCGCAUAUUCAGGCCCCGCAAGCUGACCCUGAAGGCUUACAAGCAGUACUGGGUGGUCUUCAAGGAAACCUCCAUCUCCUACUACAAGAGCUCUGAGGAAGCACUGGGAGAGCCCAUCCAGCAGCUCAACCUCAAGGGCUGCGAAGUGGUACCAGAUGUCAAUAUAUCUGGUCAGAAAUUCUGCAUCAAGCUGUUGGUGCCUUCCCCUGAUGGGAUGAGCGAAGUACACCUACGCUGUUCAGACGAGCAGCAGUACGCCCGCUGGAUGGCCGGAUGCAGGCUGGCAGCGAAGGGGAAGACCAUGGCUGACGCGUCGUACCAAGCUGAGGUGGAGAACAUCCGGUCCUUCCUGAAGCUCCAGCAGAGCAACCCAGACACAGCCCUAGUCCCGGAGGCGGAAGGUGCCCAGUGGCUUGUGUCCCCUCGCUACCAGAAGAAAUUCAAACCGAAGCAGUUAACUCCGCGCAUCCUGGAGGCCUACCAGAAUGUGGCCCAGCUUUCACUUCCUGAGGCCAAGAUGAAAUUUAUCCAAGCUUGGCAGUCCCUCCCUGAUUUUGGCAUCUCUUACUUCGUAGUUCGGUUCAAGGGCAGCCGGAAGGAUGAAAUUUUGGGCAUCGCCAACAACCGCUUGAUCCGAAUUGACUUGGCCGUCGGGGAUAUAGUGAAGACGUGGCGGUACAGCAACAUGCGCCAGUGGAACGUGAACUGGGAUAUCCAGCAGGUGGCCAUAGAAUUCGAUGAGCACAUUAACGUGGCUUUCAGCUGCGUCCACGCUAGUUGUAAAACUGUGCACGAAUACAUUGGUGGGUAUAUCUUCCUGUCCACCCGCGCAGCUGACCGAAGUCAGACGCUGGAUGAGGAACUCUUCCACAAGCUGACGGGGGGCCACGAAGCCCUCUGAACCCUCUCGCCCUCAGCUAUUCCCCUCUCUGGAAGGCAGGGCCAGGUCCCACUGCUGCCUCAUGGAACUCUGUAACCAGCACUGAUGGAGAGGCCCAAACUGGAGCCUGGGUUUGUCCCUCAAGAACCUACCCCAGGAGCUAAGAAGGCACCAGAGCAGUGGGAACCCUUGCUCAGCAAGAGAAAUCGUCCUCAAUUCGGCCAAUGGAAUGAGAGGCCUGCAGGAAUGGAGUUACUGGAACAGGCAGGCUGUGUGCUGCCCAUAAAAAGGCCUGUAUUUUUUGGGAGGGGGUGGGAUUUGUAAGGUUGCCCUCUCCCACCCCACCCCCAGGCUGCCUGAAAACUUGAUCCCUGUGUGACUUCACACAACACCUGCUUCUGCUUCUCUUGGCCAUGACAGGAAAAGGGCACCUCCUGGGUGCCAGGACCUGAUUUCCAGGCAGCAAAUUAUUUCUGGGAAGGGAAGAGAAAUGAGCUCCCUACAACGGACAUCACAGCAGGUGUCUGCCGGCAUAAAAUCCAGCUUUCUGGGACUGCCUACCUAAUCACACCCUCCUCCUCCUCCUCUUUUCUCCAUAACUGCCAGUUCUCGGAAGGUUUUUAAGCUUCUGCUGCUUUUGCUCCCAUUCUAAAAUAUGGCUAGUCGUGGCCAACAGGAAAUAGCCCUGAUUCUUAACUCUCCUUCCAAUCUAAGUGAAGCAAAAGAGCCAUCAGGGUCGAGGAACCUGUGCCCCUCGAGAAGCUGUUGGACUCCAACUCCCGUCUUGAGUGCAGGUGGAGGAAAAUUCCCAGCGGAUGCAAUCAAACCUUGGUGUGUCCUCUCUGGAGGCAGUGGGGGCAGCCAAGAAAUGACAUCUCAUUGCCUUUAUCAAUUCUUCCCUUUGCCACCCAUUAGAGCUGGUCAAGGUUGUCCAGGGCUUAUGACACGCUGCCCCCAAGGCAUCUUAGAGCCUUCUGAGGCUCACUGCAUUCUUUUGCUUCCAGAAAAAAAAGCUGGAGCUUAGAUUCCAGAGUUCAGGUGGAUGAAUCAACGGAGCUACCCGGAGUGUAACCGGCUCCAGAUUUAUUGGAUAAGUGUCAGUUGGCACAGCUCAAGGAUGUUGACAAAGUCCCAGGCCAGGUUUGUGCAGCCGCUUCUGCCAUGCACUCUGUGGGAUGCUGCCCUUGAAGGUGGUCUCUGCAAAAUGUGGCAGCCAGACCAAUAACCAGGGCCCACAGGUACCAACAGGAGACCGAUCUCAGCCCUUUGCCCUGGCUGCCACCAAGCUUCCAGGCACAACUCAAGGUGCUGGUUGGAACCUAUAAAGCCUUACACUGCUUGGGACUGCAAUUCCCAUCAGAGUCUCUCUCCAUCCACAAUCUACUCGAACACUAUGCCCAGCCUCUGCGGCCGUUCCUCCAAGUGCCAACCCUGAGAGGGUUGGGGGUGGCACCCAGGGGAGGGAUCGAUCUGUGGUAGCCCCCCAUCUAUGAAACAAGCCCCCUGUUGCAGCCCACCUGGCACCAAACCUUUCAUCUUUUUGUGCCAGGUUAGGACAACCGGUCAUGCUGAGGCCUUGAAGGGCUUGCUUAGAUAGCCCAGGGGCUCGAAGGGAUGGCCCAUCCCAGGUGUCUGUACAGAGUCAUUCCUUGUUUUACAGUGUAUGGUUAAACUAUGGAAUUCAUUGCCACUGAAAGGGGUGAGGGCUACCAAUCUGGAUGGCACUAAGAAGGGAUCGGACGGUUUUAUGGGGGAGGAGGCUGUCACUGGAUACACCAGGUGCUGAGGAGCUCGCGCAGGUGGGGUCCUGCACCCACUGCUGGAGGGAUCCUGCGGGCAGCUGGCUGGCCACCGUGUGUGCGGAGUGCUGGACUAGGUGGACCUUGCGUCUGCUCCAGCGUGGCUUGUCUUGUGUUAUGUUCUUCCGUUGCUUUAGCCAUUUUAAAGCUUUUGAGUGUUCCUCUGGUUUUAUUAUUGUAUCCCAUUUUUAUUGUAUUUUGUGUUGUAUGUGAUCAUCUUGACUUAUGAAUUGUUGCCAACUGCCUGGAGAACUCCAGUGAUGGGAGGCAGCCUAAAUGAAAUAAUUACCAUCAGUCCAAGCCAGAGGGAAUAAGGGCCAAGGAUGAUGGGAAGGAGCAGCUCAUCGGUUCCUCAGGCAUGAGGUGUGCAAGUCUCACCUCGCCUCAGGUUGGUCUCCCUUGAACUGCUGCACCGUUCAUCCUUCCGUCAUCCCAGAUACAUAUGGGAUGUCUUCUAAACUAGAUUUUGUCCUAGCACACUAAGCAGGAAACCUUUUUGUUUGCUUACGCUGAGGACCAUCUAGCUGCUGAUUUCCUGUUCUGUUUUCUGCUUUUCUCAUUUUUAUACAUAAACCUUUCUAAGUCCAGAUCCUGCAGUUUAUCUGUUCAACUGGAAACAACCAGAGGUAUUUCAUGCACGAACCUAACUGCUUAGGCUGCACGAUCUGAGGCAGCGUUUCACCGCCUGGUGCCCUGCAGCGGUGCUGGGAGUUGGUAAUCCUAUAGGUAUGGAGGGCAUCAGGUCGAGGAAGACUUCUUCAAGCUAUUGAUAAAUGAGAAUGACACGGUUGGAUCCAGGCUGAAGAUACCCAGCAGAUGAAAUAAGUGUGAUUUCCCAUACCACUGACUGUAAGUGCCUUUUUGCUUAAGAGCUAGAGCCUAAAGAGCUGGUGGUCUACUUAUGAGUAAGUUAAAGGACAAGUAUUAAAACCUGGUCCACCUUGCACUUCAGGUGGGGGAAUCAGUC